UCUCACACGUGAGACCAGAAUGUUUACGGAUGGAUGGUUAGUAAUGCUGAGUUCGACUUUUGUUUGAUGAAUAGGGGGAGCACAAUCCCCCUGAAGGACAUUGUAAACGUGUCAGGUCGAUCGGCAAGCCGGUAGCCUUAAAUACAGGGUAUCACACACAGUCACGACACUCAUCUGAUGACAGUGUAUGCACGGUGUGUAUGGGUACGUAACUCUCGUUUCAUGAGGACACGGUGUUUCUGUGUUAGGGUUUCAUUUUACGCAAGGUACUAACAUAACAAGUGUUGCAGUUUGCUCAUCGCACAAGUGUCUCCACUGAAAGACGUAGCGAAGCGCUACCUACCACUGCAGUCAUGAUGCGGGGUCGCCGGUGUGGCAAACUCCUGAACAUCAUAUUCGUGAUUUCGGUCUUCAGUUUAGGAAUGUUGUGUGGAUUUUACUAUGAAGAGGCAACCAGUAACAAAAACACCGGGGGAGUUCGUGUCGCACCUGAAACUAGGAAUGUCAAUGAUGUUGAUGGGGGAGGCCAUUUGCGGGAGCCUUUAAAUUUAAAGCAGCAACCCCAUCCAGUGCAUCCAGUGCAACCAGUGGCCGUGGAAAAGGUAAUUGGGAAUUCAGACAGUUUUGUUGGCAGUAACAAAAAAUCGAACAUUGAAUCUGUUAAAGAUAGUACCAACCCAAAAGGAGGUCACCAAUUGAGUGUGAAUGUUCCUAUUGAAAACCACCAGCCUGCUGUGGUCGCACACUUAAAAGGUGAUGCCCUUCAUGAUGGAAAACCUGAUAGCGACAACCACCAUGGUGAUAUAGAUCGAAAAGGUUUUGAAGCACCACUCCGUCUACAGCCUGUUAAAGUUAAACAUGUUGGUCCGCCUGCCGUGCAAGGAAAGACUCUGAUAAAUCAUAGCGUCAACAAACCAAUCCAACAGCAGAACAUUCAAGAGGGACUACCAGUGCCUGGUGAAGGUAAUAAUAUGGUGAAGCAUCAAGCUUUGCAUAAGGAAGUUCACGCUCCAGCUGUAAAUAUUCCGCAGAACGCACAAGCAAAUCAACCCCAGCAUCAACAGGUUGCCCCAGCAAAAGAUGUCCACCCUCCUGCUUUCAACGAGGGGCAACAACAGAAGCAACAACAAGCCCCACUCGCUGCCCCUCAAAACAUUCAAAAUCCAGGCAGUGACACCGCACCAUCGAUUAAAGGAAAGAUGGUGUUAGCAGUUGUAGUAUGUGGUGAUCGAACAGACGAAGCAUUGGUCAUGCUUAAAUCUGCAGCAAUACUAACCCCAAUGCCGAUACACUUUCACAUUUUUGCCGAGGACGACCUACAUGCAGAUAUCGCUGGCAAGAUCAAAUCAUGGCCCGCCUCCUUCCAGAACAGAAUUUCUUUCAAGAUUCACCCAAUUUCUUUCCCUCCCGGUGAAAAUUUUGAAGAGUGGAAGAAAAUGUUUAAAAAGUGCGCCACGCAGAGAUUAUUUCUACCGGACCUCUUAACCGACACAGACGCUCUGCUGUAUGUGGACACCGACAUCUUAUUCAUCAAGCCAUUGCAAUAUAUCUGGAGUUUCUUCAAGAAGUUCAAUUCUACCCAGCUUGCAGCACUGACCCCUGAGCAUGAAAUAACCAACAUUGGUUGGUAUAACCGCUUCGCAAGGCAUCCUUACCACGGCGCAACAGGACUGAACUCCGGCGUCAUGCUAAUGAACUUAACGAGGAUGCGGACAUUUGGAUGGUCGGCAAAGAUUCUCCCGAUCUACAGAGAGUACAAAACUAAAAUCACUUGGGGGGACCAGGACCUCAUCAAUAUAUUGUUUCAUUUCCACCCGGAGUUGGUUUACGUCUACCCGUGUGAGUGGAACAUUCGCCCCGAUCACUGUAUGUAUUCUUUGAACUGCCAGCGCAUAACGACAGAGGGCGUGGCGGUUAUUCAUGGUAACAGGGGCGUAUACCACAACGACAAACAGCGUCCAUUUAGAGUCAUUUACGAAGCUUUUAGGGACUAUCCAUUCGGGGCUGAUCUAAACUCUGGCUUAAUACAGCCAUUGCGUCAGCGGUUUCUGCAACAAGAUGUUGCGACUAUGUACUGCACUAAGGCAUUACAGCAUCCUGUGAUUUCAACAUUGCAACAGAGCAGUUAUCAUCCUUAAUUUUCUCCAAAGUACUUUAAAUGUGUGUGUAAAUUUUGUAUCAAAAGGUACUUCAUGUUUCAUGAUUUAAAGACACUGGACGCUAUUGGUAAUUGUCAAAGACCAGUCUUCUCACUGGUGUAUCUCAACAUAA